AUGCCACACUGGCUCGUCUACUUUUCAAUGGAGGAACAGCCCAAAGAACGGGCACAAGACAAACUAUAUCAACAACACGGCGUGGAAAGACACCCCAUUCAUCACACCGCAGAUUUAAAACAUGUUCAGAGCCACAUCCAGCGCCAGCAUCAGGAAACGUACAAGAAGAAAACAGGAUAUACCAAAUUAAACUGCAACGAGGAAAGAGGGAAGAAACUUAACUCGUCUGAUAUCGUUGGCAUGUCACAUCCCACCAAUGGAAAUGCUGACAACUCAGAAAAAAGGACUCCAUCUUCUUCAUCUCCUGUCGGUGUCAAUAACGAAGAGGGCAAACGGCAGAAAUGUGGCCAGGACAAGACAAAAGAGGAGGGCAAGGCUGCAUGUUCUGUUGUAGGCCUGGGUAUCGAUACCGGUGCUAAAUGUGCCCAGGGCUCUGUGACCACUGUGCUGUUUGGCUCUGUUAAAGAGUCCACUCACUUUAAAGACAAUGGCAGGCGGUGUAGCUGGGGCGCCUUUGACAUAAAAGCUGCUGUCAUGUAUCACACUAAAGAAAUGGAAAUUAUUUUUAACUUGCAAAAACAAGAUCCAAAAAGAGUAGUGGUUUAUAGUGGCUCCGAGGAUGGAUCAGACUAG